AAAAAAAGAAAAUAAUCUUUUGAUAAAAUCAAAUAAAUAUUAAUUAGUAUCAAAAAUCUCUACAAGAUAAACUUAAAUAGUAAAUAAUAAUUGAAAAUGGACUACUAAGAAGCUAAGAGACUUGCCAAGGAAGAAAAACUCAGAAAGUUAAAGGCCAAGAUUUAAGAAAAUAAGGUUGAAGAUUUCUAAGUUACUGAAUAAUAAGGUCCUCUUCCUCCUUAUGAUGAUUAGGGUAACUAAUAAGGAAAAUGGCUUACUACUAAGUAUAAAUUUGGUGAAUGGUAUUAUGAUAUGAAUGGAAACCCUGUUUUCAUCAGCCCUGAUGAUGAAUAUGACCAAAAUGGUAGUCUUUAUGAUGCUGAAUCUAAUCCUUAUUUAGAUUACGCAUAUGAUAAAUUUGGAAACCCUUGCCCUGUAAUUCUUAUGACUCAAGAUAAUGAAUACUUUUUAUUCACUCCUAUUUUCGAAAUACAAAUCCCUUAAAGCAUAAUCAAGGAUAUAAACUAAAAAUAAGAAAAACCAGCCACUUAAAAGGUUGAAACUGUUGCUAAGGAAAAGAAGGCUCCCAUCCAAAAGGCACCUGCCCCUCCUAAAAUUCCCAAGAGACUCUUAAAAGAACAAGAAGCAGCUAACAGCUCAGCUGUCGUUGCUGAUUAUAAGCAUGAAAAAUUAGUAACUGUUUAAGAAGCUAUCGAUUUCGAAAGCAAAAACUUUAAAGAAGGAUAAGAAAUGGUUAAGGUUGAUAGGGAAAGAGAUUCCGUCAAUAUCGUCUUCAUUGGACACGUUGAUGCUGGUAAAUCCACUCUUUCUGGUAGAAUUCUUAAAAACUGUGGUGAAGUUGAUGAAACUGAAAUUCGUAAAUUCGAACUUGAAGCUAAAGAAAAGAACAGAGAAAGUUGGGUUCUUGCUUACAUUAUGGAUAUUAACGAAGAAGAAAGAAGCAAGGGUAUUACUGUCGAAUGCGGUAAGGCUCACUUCUAACUUGCCAACAAGCGUUUUGUCUUGCUUGAUGCUCCUGGACACAAGAACUAUGUUCCUAAUAUGAUUGCUGGUGCUUGUCAAGCCGAUGUUGCAGCUCUUAUUAUUUCUGCUAGACAAGGUGAAUUCGAAGCUGGUUUCGAAGGUGGUCAAACUCAAGAACAUGCUCACUUAGCUAAAGCUUUGGGAGUCCAACACAUGAUUUGUGUUGUCUCUAAGAUGGAUGAAGUUAAUUGGGAUAAAAAGAGAUACGAUCACAUCCAUGAUUCCGUCGAACCUUUCCUCAGAAACUAAGUCGGUAUCUAAUCUAUUGAAUGGGUUCCCAUCAACGGUUUCCUUAACGAAAAUAUUGAUACUCCUAUUCCUACCGAAAGAUGUGAAUGGUACAAGGGAGAUACUCUUUUUGAUAAGUUCAACAAGGUUCCAGUUCCUUUAAGAGAUCCCAACGGUCCUGUUAGAAUCCCAGUUCUUGAUAAGCUUAAAGAUUAAGGUUAAUUCCUCUUUGGUAAAAUUGAAUCUGGUACAAUUAGAGACGAUCUUUGGGUUACUCUUAUGCCUUACAGAAAACAAUUCUAAAUUUUAUCUAUCUAUAACACUAAGGAUUAGAGAGUCCUUUACGCCUCUGCUGGUGAAAAUGUCAAGAUUAAACUCAAAGGUCUUGAAGAUAAGGACAUUGAAAGAGGUUACAUGGUUUGCAGUACUGAAGAUUUAUGCCCUAUUACUUAAUUAUUUAUUGCUGAAAUUACUAUUUUAUAAUUACCUGAACACAAGCCUAUUAUGUCUUAAGGUUACUCUUGUGUCCUCCACAUGCACACAAGUGUUGCUGAAAUUGAAAUAGAAGAAGUAGAAGCAGUUCAAAACCCUGAAAAUAAGAAACUCACCAAGAAUACUUUCUUGAAGAGCAAUCAAACUGGUGUUGUUAAGAUUGGAAUAAAGGGUGGUUUAAUGUGCCUUGAAAAGUUCGAAACUAUUUCUCAAUUAGGUAGAUUUACCCUCAGAGACGAAGAAAAAACUAUUGGUUUCGGUAGAGUAAUGAAGAUCAAGCCUUACAAGGUGUGAGAAAACUAAUUAUAGUAAUUCAAAUAAAUAGCAUAUAUCAAAUAAAAUAUUCUUAUCCUGUAUUAUUAUUAUUUCAUAGUAUUCCUAAUUUAAAAUUUGGAAUAUCAUAUUUUCAUAUUGGUGAUUUUUUAUUUGAAAUGGUUAUGAAUUAACCUUAAAUUCAACUUCCCUCAAAA